AGAAGGUUUCAGUGCUGUUCCCCUCGGGCCUGGGGACCACCUCCUUGCGGUGGGACUUAGGGUGUGUGAGAGAGAGUGAGGACCAGCAGAAGGCCAGCUGCCUGUGGGGCCUGACGGCGCGUGGGAACAUUGAGGAAACAGAACUGAAGACAGAAUCCAGUCACCUGAUUCCAGUUUAGUGCUUUCUCCAUUGUUCUACAGGGCACUCAUCAGAGGGAAGAUAUUUUUCCUCAGUUGAGUUGGGCUUCCCUGGUGGCACAGUGAUUAAGAAUCUGCAUGCCAAUGCAGGGGACACGGGUUCGAUCCCUGGUCUGUGAAGAUCCCACAUGCUGUGGAGCAGCUAAGCUUGUGCGCCACGACUACUGAGCCUGCACUCUAGAGCCCGUGAGCCACAACUACUGAAGUCUGUGCACCACAACUACUGAAGCCCGCACACCUAGAGCCCAUGCUCCGCAGCAAGAGAAGCCACUGCAAAGAGAAGCCUGCGUGCCGCAACGAAGAGUAGCUCCCGCUCGCCACAACUAGAGAAAGCCCGUGCACAGCAACAAAGACCCAAUGCAGCCAAAAAAAAAAAAAAAAAAAAAAAGAAAAAAACCCCAAAACUGCAGAGUUGAUCUUACCACCUUACUGGAGAGCACCUCGGCAAUAAAUUCUAAUGGAAAAAACUUGUCUGAUGAAUGGAGCAGGAAGGCAUCACAGCAGUGCUGACACUAGCAUUGCAGUUUGCUGAACCUUGUGUCCACUGAUCAUUCCAAGAGCUAGCUGUCCAAGAUUCAACAAUGUCUCACCCAUCUUGGCUGCCACCCAAAAGCUCUGCUGAGCCCCUUGGCCAUGUGUCUGCACGGAUGGAGACCACCCAUUCCUUUGGGACCCCCAGCAUUUCAGUGUCCACACAACAACCACCGAAGAAGUUUGCCCCAGUCGUUGCUCCAAAGCCCAAGUACAACCCAUACAAGCAACCUGGCGGUGAAGGUGAUUUUCUUCCACCCCCGCCUCCACCUCUAGAUGAUUCCAGUGCUUCUCCAUCGGGCUCUGGGAACUUCCCUCCUCCACCUCCCCUUGAUGACAGUGCUUUCAGGGCACAGGGAAAUCCUGGAGGCAAGACCCUUGAGGAGAGACGCUCGAGCCUGGACGCUGAGAUCGACUCAUUGACUAGCAUCUUGGCUGACCUGGAGUGCAGCUCCCCCUACAAGCCUCGGCCUCCACAGGGCUCUACUAGCUCAACAACAGCUUCUCCUCCAGUCUCCACCCCUGUGACAGGACAUAAGAGAAUGGUCAUACCAAACCAGCCCCCUCUGACGGCAACGAAAAAGUCUACAUUGAAGCCACAGCCUGUACCCCAGGCUGGACCCAUCCCCGUGGCUCCAAUUGGAACACUAAAACCCCAGCCUCAGCCUGUCCCAGCCUCCUACACUACGGCAUCUACCCCUUCAAGGCCUACCUUCAAUGUGCAGGUGAAGUCAGCCCAGCCCAGCUCUCAUUACAUGGCUGCCCCUUCACCAGGACAAUUUUAUGGCUCAGGGCCAGGGGCCCAGGGCUAUAACACUCAACCAGUUCCUAUCGCUGGGCAGGGUCCACCUCCUUCUACACGGGGAGGCAUGGAUUAUGCGUAUAUUCCACCACCAGGACUUCAGCCUGAGCCUGGGUAUGGGUAUGCCCCCAACCAAGGACGCUAUUAUGAACCCUAUUGUGCAGCGGGGCCUGGCUAUGGGGGCAAAAAUGACUCUGAUCCUGCCUAUGGUCAACAAGGUCAGCCAAAUACCUGGAAGCGGGAACAAGGGUAUACUCCUUCUGGCACCGGGAACCAGAACCCUGCUGGGAUGUAUCCAGUUGCUGGUCCCAAGAAGACCUACAUCACAGAUCCUGUUUCAGCCCCCUGUGCACCACCACUGCAACCAAAGAGUGGACAAACAGGAUCCAUGGGGCCUCCGACUGUCCCCUCCUCAUUCCGCCCUGAAGAUGAGCUCGAGCAUCUGACCAAGAAGAUGCUGUAUGACAUGGAAAAUCCACCCGCCGAUGAAUACUUUGGCCGCUGUGUUCGCUGUGGGGAAAAUGUAGUAGGGGAAGGUACAGGAUGCACUGCCAUGGAUCAGGUCUUCCACGUGGAUUGUUUUACCUGCAUCGUCUGUAACAACAAGCUCCGAGGGCAGCCCUUCUAUGCAGUGGAGAAGAAAGCCUACUGUGAGCCCUGCUACAUCAAUACCCUGGAGCAGUGCAGCGUGUGCUCCAAGCCCAUCAUGGAGCGGAUUCUCCGAGCCACUGGGAAGGCCUAUCAUCCUCACUGCUUUACCUGCGUGAUGUGCCACCGCAGCCUGGAUGGGAUCCCGUUCACCGUGGACGCUGGCGGCCUCAUCCACUGCAUCGAAGACUUCCACAAGAAGUUUGCCCCCCGCUGUUCUGUGUGCAAGGAGCCUAUCAUGCCAGCCCCCGGCCAGGAAGAGACUGUCCGGAUUGUGGCUCUGGAUCGCGAUUUCCAUGUUCACUGCUACCGGUGUGAGGAUUGUGGUGGUCUCCUGUCUGAAGGAGAUAACCAAGGCUGCUACCCUUUGGAUGGACACAUCCUCUGCAAGACCUGCAACUCUGCCCGCAUCAGGGUGUUGACCGCCAAGGCUAGCACUGACCUUUAAAUCCAGUCACCUAUUUAGCGGUUAGUUGGUGGCUCUGAGAAGGAUGAAACACAAGAAAAAUAUAAGAAGAGAAAUAGGAAAAGAGAGGAAAGGCAAUCAAGCUAUGGGAUGGUCUCUACUUCAUCCACUAUUAACCUUUCUUUAGAAACACAUAGAGUGUGAGAUUUUUUAAAGUUCUUACCAAAUACACAUUUCACAUUUAAUCAUGUAGGACCUUGAUGGGCCUUUGUUCCCAAGGACUUGCACAUUUUUGCACGGAUUAUACUCCAUCCCAUUCACUUCUGCAUUCCUUUAACUUUUAAUCCCUAUGUUUGUCUCACUUUUCAUCUGGUUGAAUGGCUUUUUUUAGUGUGGUAUUUGCUGUCACACAGUUUUUCCUGGGUGAGUCUGCCAACUCACAGGUGCUUUUAGGCUUGAAGUCUCCAUCCUAUCACUUCCACAUUGCCAGUGAGCAUAAAAGAUAGCCAUUCUUUUUCUGUGUAUUGAAAAAUAGAUCUUUCUGUUGCUCUAAACUAGUCAUGUCCCUUGGGGAAAAAAAUGCACAAUUAUAUGUCAGGCUAUAAAGAAUUUAAGCUGUAAAUUACAUAGAUUAAAAGAAGCCCACAUCGAAUUUGCAACUAUCCUAAUUCAAAAUCUAUAAUGACCAGUGUUUGGGACUCAUUUGAAAACAGAUACUGGUGAGAGAGAACCAAACUUCAAUAUUUUUCUAAAGAAAUUACGGAUAGGGUAUGCUGGAUAAAGCAUUUUGGGGUUAUAUUUGAAAAACUCAUUAUUACCCCAAAAUGUUAUCUUAAGAUUUUCCUUUUCCAUGCUACCUGGACAUAAUAAUAUGGACAAACUUGGUUUUCUCUAGAAUAUAACAUUUCCAAUACUGUUCCACUUUUCAUGUCAGAAAUAUUGCCAUUUUUUUUUAAUAUCCAAACACAACUACCAAAAUUGACUUUUUCUCUAGAGGAAAAUAGCUAUAAAGAGCAGUUUAGAAUUUUUUUUUCCAGGCCCAGGUCCUUUUUGCCUGACAGUUGCAAAUCGGGGCACAUAAAGUUGUGUUAGUUUUGUGUAGUUUACUUUAAAAAGACAGGAAAGCUUGAAAAGAUUGUGAAACCACAGUUUCAUUAUUCUUAUAAUCCUUCUGCAACUCAAAUUACAUACUGCAGAAGACAUUUUCAUAUCAUCGAUGUGACAUUUACACCACACUUUCAAAGACAAUCACUGAAAAAAAAUUGCCUUUUUGAGCUAAAAAUAUGCAGCGUCUCUGCCUAGAAUCUUUAUUCAAACUCUUAUUGGGCAGGGAAAUGCUUGCUUGCCAGCUCCAGAACCGCAUCUACUUUAUUACGUUUUAACAUGUUUUUUUUAAGGAAGAACACUUCUCUUAGUAGCAGGUUACCGUUUUGUAAACUAAGUAUUUUGGAUUAAGAUUAGUUAAAACUUUCUUCAAAUUUUCCACAAGUAUAUACUUUUAAAUUAUGAAGUAUUUUAAAUAUACACAAAAGUAUAAAUAAUAAUAUAAUGAAUCUCUGUGCCACCCAGUUUAAGAAAUCAAAUAUAACAAAUAUAGUUACAUUCCCCUGUAUACCCUUCCCUGAUUCCACAGAUAUUUUUUUCCUGAUUAGAAAGUGAUGAAGUUUUCUAGUCUGACUUUUGUUUUUAAUUUUUAAUUUUAACACUCAGAAAUGAAAAAUUGUUUGUGCAUGUUUUGAAUUGCAACCCAGGCCUCAAGAGUCCCAAUUAAAUUUAUUUUACUUUAGUAGGAAGAAUCAUAAAGGUGGUUGAUUUUUUUUUUCUGUAAGAAAUUCUUAAGCUUAUAGCUCUUCUGAGUUAAUCUGUGGCUCAUUUGCUUUGGUCACCAAACGGUUUUGUUUUAGAACCAUCACAGUUACAGCUUUUCAAAGGGUCCUUUGACCACUGUCCUUUCCUUACCUUGCUGCCCUUUUCCUUGAUCUCACAUUUCUCAUAAUGUGAAAUACAAGGGGUCCACUUCGGGCAGCAUGUGAAUUUUAGGAUACAAUGGCAACUGCAUCUCUGAAUUUCUGUCUUCCAAAUGAAAGGCCAGACCAUGCAGAUGAUCUCAAAGAAUACUGACUAUUAGACAAUUGAGGUGAUAAUGAUAAUAUAAUAAUAUAAUCUGCUUGAAUUGUUUCAGUCACUUGUUUUCUAUGAAAUACUUGGGGGGAAAUUGUCUUUUGGUCAAAAGCAAAGAGCCCAGUUUAUUGAGAGAUAGAUUUUAUCUCUUGAAGUGCAGUCCUAUUAGUAUGAAUUUUGCCAAAGGAGGGAGAAUUUAUGAAAUAUUUAUACUGUAAAAAUGCAAUAACAUUCUACUUGUUUGUUACAUUUAAGUCCUUAUGUAACUGAAUGUUUACAUGCCAAAAAAAAAAAAAGAGAGUUAUAAAAAAAUGCUUUCACAGGCCCCUCACUGUGGCAUUGCCAGAAUACUGCUUGCUUACAAUCUUUAUAGUGCAUUUUUAUCACAUAACCUCAGAGUAUCUUUACCAAAGAUUUUUAAAGUAAAUGUCUUUUUAAUAUAGACUUAUCAUACUUUUUUCAUAAUGAAUGUGCACACCUACAUAUAUAGACUAUUUAGAUUUAGAUUUUUU